ACCGAAGUGGAUAUCAGAAUCUCGGCCUUAAUGGCUUCAAUUAAAAAAAAGCAGAUUUGAGAUUUCUUAGAGAGAGAAAGGAUCUUAUUUAAGAAAGGGACUCAGUGAGAGAGGGAGGGGGCGUGUGUGUGUGAGGCUCAGACACACACAUUUGCAUUACAGCGUAUAAAAAAGGUUACCCACCGAAGUAGUGAGGGAACUCUUGUCUUGUUUUUGGCUCUUCUUCGAAGGAAUCGAGAUUAGAAGUAUAUAGUUUACUUUUCCGUGGAUAUAUCUGACUCGGAGAUUAGAUGGAGAGGAACGUUUUCGUUUCAAGGCGGAGGAUAGACGGCUUUGAUGUUUCGCCGUCUGAUUCCGCAGAAGCUCACGUUCUGGCCGUCGAUGAUAGCCUCGUCGACCGGAAGUUCAUCGAGAAGUUGCUAAAGAUUUCUUCUUUCAAAGUGACGGCUGUGGAUAGCGGAAGAAGAGCCCUGCAAUUCUUGGGUCUGGACGAGGAGACGAGUUCCUCAGUUGGUUUCGAUGGCUUGAAAGUGGAUCUGAUCAUAACGGACUACUGUAUGCCUGGAAUGACCGGCUACGAAUUGCUCAAGAAAAUCAAGGAGUCUUCUAAUUUCCGAGAGAUUCCGGUGGUGAUUAUGUCUUCCGAGAACGUCAUAGCGCGAAUUGACAGAUGUUUGGAGGAAGGGGCGGAGGAUUUCUUUGUGAAACCGGUGAAGUUAUCGGAUGUGAAACGGUUGAAGGAUUACAUGAUGAGAGAGGUUAGAUUUGGAAGUACAAAUAGCGGAGGCACCAACAAGAGAAAGCUACAAGAGAGUUGCGAUCUCACUUCAUCAGAGCCGUCCAUUUCGUCGUUGUCGUCGUCCUCAUCAGAUUCGCCAUCACGGUCGCCAAUUUCACCGUCUUCGGCACCGUCCUCUAUUCCGACGCCUUUAGAUUCCCCGGUCAGACGGCUUAAAAUGACCAACGCUGGCGGAUUGAUAUAGAUCGUUCAACACCUCUCUCUUCCCCUACAGUCGAAAAUCCUGCAAUUCCUCUUUCCCUAUUUUGGUCAAAACUGCAAUUCUCCGUUACUUGUAACGGUUUUUUUUUUUUUUCAUUACGGUAAUUUUACGCUAUUUAUUUUUGUUUGUUCGUACGAGGAUGAGUUCCAGACUUGCAGCCACUAAUACUGAUAAUUAAACCGAUUAAAUUAUGAUACUUAGCCAGCCAUUUAA